AUUCAAGAACAGACACGUAGUCUAGCCAUUGCUUUUUUAAAACUUAAACGUUUUUUUCUGUUUUGAAAAAGCAGACAUGGUAAUUAUAAUUUUAAACAUAUGUUGUCCUAAAUUAAUAAUUCCCUGACAGUUUCGACGCUUGCCGUCUGACGCCUAGUGCUGAGUUUCAUUCGGCUUCAUUGAUUAAACGAAGUGGCUGGGACCCGGGUAACAGAAGUGAAAGGUUGGGAUUAAAAAAUAUUUAAAAUUAUAAUUGUUGGGUUUGUGAGAUAAAUUUUGAUAUCAAAUGAAAGAUAAUUGAAUGGACUACAUGUUUGUAAACAUACUUCUUCAGUUUAACUAAAAUAAACUAACAAAAAUGACAUCCGAAUAGCAUUUAGUAUUAAUCUAAAAAAAGUCUAAAGGGACCCCCCCCCCCCCACCUCCAAAUAAAAAAAAAAUAUGUAUCAUUUAUGACAAUCAGACAAUAUUUAAACUUCACGUCAGGUACCUACCCUAAGCUGUUGACUCAAGUAGACUGUUGUGUUCAUAUAUUUUGUAUGGCAGUCAACUAUUUUCAUUAUUUUUAAUCAUUAAAUUAAACAAUUUUUGAAACAUGAAUUACUGUCAGACAAGGAACCUAGAAUAAACACUUAUGUUUAAAAGGCAUUUAUAGAAUACCUUAUGUGAACCAUUCAAGGAAACUUAAAUGACAGCUUAUGUUUGACAUGUUAAGUAACACAUCAAUUUAUUUUCUAGAUGUCAAACCUUGACGGAUCAGAUGAACAAGCAUCCCCUUGUAAACGAUUGUGUAUCAGACCAAAUGGUGAUACUACUUCACCAGAUGUUAUACAAAAUGGAAUUAACUGGCAGGAUUGGAAUAAUGAUCAACUGAUUUCAAAAAUGCGAAGCGAGGGCUUGGAUGAGAACAUCGUACUCAUUUUUGAAAGUAAUUUAUUAUAACACACUGUUUUAAAAUUCUUUUGUAGUGUUAAUGUUCUUAAAAUGUGUACUAGUAAAGUGGUCUUCAUGGAAUAGUGCUGGUCCACUAGUCUUACAUUCCCAGUCUGCACAACGUUAGUAUUUUUUGUCAAAUACGAUGAAAAUGGGAAAAAAAUAAUUUAUUUAUUUUUUAUAUCUUAUUUUUAUUUGACCAUAAAUAUCCAUGUGGUGCAGACCGACAACAUAAGGCUCAAGGGGCGGCUCCGUUUGAUGGACCACCGUUUGAGAAACGGUGCUCUAAAAUACUAAUUUUGAGUAUAACUAGUCUCUGCUUUGAAAAUAUUAAACCUUACAUUGAGCAAUGAGAGUGAAUCUUUUUAUUUAAACAAACUAACCUCAAACCUCAAUGUGUAUGCUUGAUUUUGCUGAUUAAUCAGCGGGAGCCUUUUUUAAAACUGAUUUAUCAACUGAUCGUUUUGUGAUACCACAAAAUGACUCCGGUAUCCAGAUGGAUGUAAAUCUAUGGGGUUUUGAUAGAAUCUUGUUUAUUUUAUUAAUGUCAUUUUUCUCACAUUUGUACCAUUUAAGUUUCUAUUACCAAUAAUAUCAUGAUUAUUGUCCUUUUCAGAUUAUAAAUCUACUGGUAGGGAUCUGAAAGGCCUUACUGUAGAUGCACUAAUGACAAUGGGAGCAAAGUGAGGAAUAACUUACCAUUUUUUUCUUUAGUGAUUUGUAAAAUUUUAAUUGCAUAAAAAUCCCAAUACACCAAAGAUGACCAGAAAAUUGCUUGAUUGAUAAAUAUCUAGGAUGCCAGGAAAGCUGUAGCCAUAUUAUGAUUGUACUCUAGAGACCGCAUCAUAGUACAAAUGAUUAUUACUGCUAGCUAAAUAGAUACAUAAUGAAAUUUUUCCCCAUGAUGUAUAGUAUUGUGUUCUAGUUUUUUAAUAUAUCUAUUUUUUUCUAUUUCUAGAAUAGUUAGUUUUCUAUUUAAGCAAACUAUUUUUAACUUUUUAUGAGGAACUUCAGAUAAUUGGGUCAGCCUUUCAACUGAAUGAAAACAUCAUUUAGUUGAAGCCACAGUAUUUUAGAAUUACUUUAUUUUCAGAUGCUAUACAAGUUUUAAGUAAAAAAUACUGAUAAACUAAUAGUUUCCAAAAUAAUAGCUUGGUAGUUUCAUGUUACAUAAGUGUAUACGCUUGUAAAAAAAAUGUUAAUUUUUCUUAAACAGGUCAUAUAUUGAUUGCAUGAGCAUUCUUAAAGUCCUGGGAUCCAUUGGGGCUGUUGAUAAGCUGGAAGAGAAAUACUCAAAAGUUUGUACAUCAUAGAAUAGCAAUAAUCAGUGCGUUUUUUAAAAAAAGGGAACACUUUGGAUAAUGACUGGUCAAUGUAGAGUGUGUCUUGAAGCCUUUGUUCGAGCGAAUGGUGGACACUUCAAACACAAACUAUAGUUUAAUAAAAUGCAACAUUAUGUUAGAAUUAAAAUUGAGUUUUGGAAUUUAAAAAAUUUUAGAAAUAUUUAUCAUUAGUUUUCGUCAAAAUCAAAAGGAGUCUCAUUUUGUGUUCCAGGCACAGUGUAUUUAUUUAUAUUUAGGUCUGUUUAUUUAUAAGCAAAUGAAAAAUAAGUUUUAUUUUUAUCAAACAAAUGGAUUGGCCUGAAAUAAAUAUAAGCUUUUUGUAGUAAUUGAGAUAACAAUAUAUAUAUAUAUAUAUAUAAAUAUAUUUAAUAACAAUAUCUUCUGAGCAAAAGUGUUUAAUUAUGAAGAAAAGUUGAUUGAAUCACCACCCCUUAAAUUUCUUAUUGGCCAGGUGUUUAAUGACCCGAUCCAUGGUCACAUUGAAGUCCAUCCAGCUUGUAUAGCCAUCAUUGACACACCGCAAUUUCAGAGGCUGCGAUAUUUGAAGCAGCUUGGGAUGUGCUACUUUGUCUUUCCUGGGGCAGCACAUAAUCGAUUUGAACAUUCCUUGGGGUAAAUGUAAAAUCUUGAACCUACAUAAAAUCUAAUUGUUAUUCAAAUCAUAAUUGAACAAUUUUUUCCACGAUAUGAUAGCCUUUUAAGAAUUUUAACUCUGAUUAUCAUAAUGAAAGAACCGUAUUCUGUAAAUUUAUUUUAAAUUAUAAUUUUUGGGGAUUCCUAAAUAAAAAAAACCAUGAUUCAACUUACUUGGAAUUUACAAAUUUACCUUCAGUUCUGAGAGUAUCAGUAUUAGCUUGCAGUCAAAUUUUUAAAAACUUUUCUAAACAUGGGACAUAAAACCUUUUGUCUACAGUGUAUAUUACCUGGCAGGUCAGUUUGUGAGGAUACUGCGCCAGAAUCAGCCUUAUCUUGGCAUCACAGACAAGGACAUUUUGUGUGUGGAGAUCGCUGGCCUGUGCCAUGAUCUAGGUGCGUUUAAUUGAUAAAUGAUUUAGUUUUGUAAUCAUUGUAAUAUUUUAUUGAAAUGUCCCAGCUUUCCAAGAAAGAAAAAAUUGUUUGUAAUUAGUACAGAUAAUAUCUUUAUAGAAAAAGAGUGGAUUUAUUUAAACUAAAUUAAAUAAUCUUGUUAUCAUUUGUUUUCUUGUUUCUGCAGGAUUUUAUAUUCAUUUUUUUAAAAUUUCUAUUUCUUUUGUUAAAAGGUCAUGGCCCAUUUUCUCAUUUAUUUGAUGGCAAGUUCAUGCCUGCAGUAAACCCUGCAAGGAAAUGGAAGGUAAAUAGAUUGACCUCCCAUUUAGUCAAGUAAAUCAUACUUAACUAGUCACUCUUAGGUGGGAGUUUGUAGUUAAAUUGCUCAUGUUUUUUUAAAGAUACUUUUUAAAGUGUAUUUAACAACUGAAGAUUCAAAAUGUUAUAUCCAGAAUGGCUUGAAGUUUCUUACCAAGCAAGUUUAAAAGGUGGUUCUCUUGCAUUCACUCUUAUACCUGAAGCGUUCUUAAAAGAAGCUAAUCUCAACUGUAAUAGUAAAAUAUGAUCCCAACUCGUCUCUGUAAAAACCAAUCUUUAUUCUACACUCUAUUUAUACCUCACAUCACAUGAUGUUCACGCCUUUAAGUUUAAACAUUAAUGAAUGAAGACAACUCACCACGUGCAGUCAUACCAGUCAUACCAUAUGACAACAACACAGGCCAAUCGGGUCACAAAGUUCACUCAAUACACACAAAAUUAAUCGUCAGUCAUACAUACUAUCUCAUCAACCAAUCAUGAUUAUGAUGAUAGAUUUAAUGAAGUUUUUUUUUUUUUCUUAAGGCAGGUCUCUUAUGUUAAAUAUUAUAAAGCUAGCCAUUUGCUUUUAGUUAGCUGGGUUUUUUUUUUUAAAUAUUAUUUAUAAUACAUCUCAUCUAAUAAUCAUGAUUAUGAACCUGUCCAUUAAAGUUUUAUUAUUUUUGCCGUAGAGAGUGUUUUAUCAAAACAUUAUUGUAAGGACCAGGUGGCAGAGAAGCUGGUUAUAUUGUCCUAACUCUGCCAUUUCCCUCAAAAGUGAGGUACAAUGUUUGCUGCUGUGAGGGCUUUCAGGGGCCUUUUUUAUUGUCACUGGCCAGUCAAUGAUACUCCACUAGUAAAGGAUAAUACAUGAGGGUCUGGGUUCAAGCUAUGUGAAGGAAAUAUUGGAACAAGAUAUGUUUAAGCUUGAAAUGAAAAGACAGGACAAAUAAAGGGACUUUCGGCUAAAUGCCUUCUACAGCAGACAAGACAAAGCUAGAAAAAAAAAAUAGAAAUAAAAAAACGUGUGUGUUCGAAGAUCUCAAGUAGCUCUUUGUUUAGAAACGAAACUGUUUCACCAGUAAAAUCCUUGGGUAAAAUUCAAUAGUAAAAAAAAUCUUCUCAGAGUCGCAACUCAAUCUUUACGAUUAAAAAAUAAAUAUCUUCAGCAUGAAAAGGCUUCACUGGACAUGUUGGAUUACUUGAUUGCUGACAACCAACUGAUGGAACCAGGUGGCGCUCUGCACCAAUAUGGAAUCGACCAAACUGAUAUAAUUUUUAUAAAAGAACAAAUUUAUGGGCCUCUUGAUGUAAGUUAUUCCAUUGUUUCAUUUUGUUUGAUAAGGGGAAUUUUCUUUUAAAAAAUGUAUUCUUGUAUAUAAGACUUUUUUAAAACAGUUUUAGUGCCCUGCAAACAUUGUAAACACGCUCUGAGUUUUUGUCAGUCUUAUUACUGAUUGGGAGAACCACAUGUAACCAACCACAUGUAACCAACCACAUGUAACCAGCCACUUUGUAUGGUUCUGAACUUUUCAGACAUUUUAAAUUUUGGAUCGGUGUUGUUGUUUUUUUUUUUAGGAUUAAUACGAACUUAGCUAGUAGAAUUCGACAGGAUUUUUACCAUAACAAAGAUAACAAUGUGGGGAAAUGUUCAAUUCCCAUUAUCUUUGUAAAACUGUGCAGCAGUGUUUUAUCAAUGUAGUUACUUAGACACUGUCUUUGUUGACAUUCACGGAAAUUGUAGAACUCAAAAUACUGAAAAUUUCCAUCAAAUUUGCAACAGACUAUUUUUAAUAACAAUGAAAAAAACUCAAACAAGGAUUUUCAGGAAGGAAAAAAAAAUUGUACCAUGAAUGAAAAAAACCACAAUUUAUUUGAAUCAAUAAAAAUAUCUUAUCUUAUAACUUAUGGUAUCUUAUCUUAUCCCCCAGGGUGAUGGCAUCUUAAAAGGAAGACCAAAACACAAGCAUUAUUUAUAUGAGGUACUGGGUUAGAGAUGACUUGUUUGAAAACUUUUUCUUUCUUCCCAUACUGACAGAAUCUUCAUCUUUAGAUUAAAUUAAAAUUGAUAAUAUGAGACAGCACAAAAUAAAUGAGAAUAUAACUGGUGCCUUCAAUUCUAAUGAAGCUGUUUUUGCUAUAAAUAAAAGAGAUGUGUCUUCCUUUCAUUUUCUGCAUAUUGUAUGAAGCAUUUAAUUGCUUGCCUAACAUGAGUUUACCAAAUUUUAAAGAUGGUCCAAUGCUGGUGAAUUUUGAUCUAUAAAAAUGUUCAACUAAAGAAAUAAAUAAUUUUUUUUUUAAAUCAUAGAAAUUUUUAAUAAUUAAACAGAUAUUUUCAAAUUCUUUUUUAGUUCACAGAAGUAAACCUUUUCCAAUUACCUUUUCCUGCAGAUUGUUUCCAACAAACGUAAUGAGAUUGAUGUGGACAAGUGGGAUUACUUUGCCAGGGACUGCCACCAUCUUGGCAUCCAGCAAAACUUUGAUCACUUUCGCUUCAUGAAGUUUGCCAGAGUUAUAGAACAUGAGGGCUCAUGGCAAAUCUGUACAAGAGACAAGGUUAAAAGGCUUUCUGUGUUUAUCACAUACAACUUUUCAUUUACAGCUUGCUUCACUAAACAAAAUGGUCAAAAUCGCAAAAAAAAAUAUUUUGCAGGAAACCACUCAUUUUGAAUUUUAUUUAACUUGUCCAAAUUGUUUUGUGUUGAUUUUAAGUGUAAGAUAUUUUAAAGAAGUAAAUUGUUAUGCAUUUAAAUAUUAAUUUGGUUGCUGUUUAACUUAGAAAUGUAUCGCUAAUUUAAAAACUUAAAUUCUCCCUUACUCUUUUUUUGUAGGAAAUUGGAAAUUUAUACAACAUGUUCUAUACACGCUACACAUUACACAGAACAGCGUAUCAACAUCGAGUCAGCAGCGCCAUAGAAACAAUGUAAACAAAUAUUUUCAGAUUAUCUAAGUCCGUUUUAGGCAAAUAAGAUCUUAAGUUCAAAUUUGCUCUUCUAUACUUAUGUCCCAUGAAUGAACAGUGGUUCCAGUUAGCUCUGUACAAACUGCUUAAAGCAUUUAUUUUUUAAUUUAUUAAAUCAGAUAACCUGCGCGUUUUAAGUUGUAAAUUUUUUAAAGAUAGUUUACAGCAUCAAUGCCAACUUUCCAGAGAUGUAGUUAUCAAGUUGUUAUCAUCUGUCUUGGGCACUAACUGUUAAGAACUGUAAUUGUAAAGUUUUGAUUAACCUGUUAAAGCAAAGACUUCACCCAACUAAAUGACUUCGAAAUCCUUCAGGGUGGCCCAUGCUUUGAUCAAAGCCAAUGAUCACCUAGAAUUUUUCAGGAAAGAUGGGUAAGUCUGGUGAUCUUUUAAUUUUUUUUUUUUUAUCUCAUCUUCUUUUUUAAGGUAAUAAUUUUUGUGUUGUUCAUGAAUUAAGAAUACAGACAGAUAAAUAUAUUUCUGAUUUUUGUAAUUGAAUAAUAAAUGAAGGACCGUGUUCAAGCCAUGUGAAAGAAAUAGUGAAACAAGGUAUGUGGAAGCAAUGAGAUGGCAUGUAUGGCCAACUCCAAAAAUUAAGUUUCUGAACUGUUUUCUAUAUCUACUUGUUUCUUGUUUUGUCCUUAGGCUCUUAGCCAAAUUGUUCUCCCUUUAUUGUCCUGUCCUUUGACUUCAAGCUUCCCGCAUGCCUUGUUCCACUAUUUACUGAAUUGAAUUUAGUUCAUUAAUACAAUGGUUAAUUGGUACUGGGAUUUUCUUUCAUGACAAGAUAAAUGAUGGAAAAACCAUAUCAGAAAGGAAUUGAAAUUAUAGUUGUAACAUUAAAGAAAUAUUUAGCAAAUAGGUUUACCAAUUUUUUAAAAAAUUUACCAAGUAUUAGUGUCAGAAAUAAAAUUGAAACAAGUGGCUACCUGUAGUUUUAGUGGUUACUUACAUUAGUGUUUCUGCAUACUUCAAGGUAUUACCUGUACAAAAAAUACUUAUCCAUUGUUAAGUGCUCCCCUCUAUAAGCCAUUGAUUGAGGCCUCAAAGACCUGCUGUUAUAAUCAAGCUUUCUCAACACUUCCCAGCACCACCUGUAAGAUGUCAGAGUGCAUAGAUGACAUGAGCGUCUACUCUGAACUCACCGAUGAAGUCAUAUUUAAAAUCCUUUACUCGGAGAGUCAAGAAAAUGAUAUGAAAGAAGCAAAGAGCAUAAUACAACGUAUAUUUAACAGAGACCUCUACGUAUGUGUCUGCCAAAGCAAACCUGUGGACGCUCAGAGUUUCAAAUGGGUAGGCCAAUCUCAUUACCUUAUAAGUUUGUGUGAAUAAGGGAUUUUUUUUCCCUUACCAUUUCAUUAUUUAUGAAUUAUUUCUUCCUUCUGAUAACCCUUAUCUUAGGAAAUAACUUAUAAGUGAAACAAAGUAUGGGAAAACCUGAAAAGAACACAACAAAACAAGAAACAUGUGGGCAAGAAGCCAUCUUCAGCUAACAAACAACAGUACAAACAAUAUAAAAGUUAACAUAAACAGCUUCAAUGUAGUAUCCGAGCAUACAACAAGAGGAGUGUGAUAGAUCAUUAGAUGGCAAGAGGGCUAAUGUAGGCAAUAGGUGUUAGGAAGAGAGGAAAAGUAAGUCCAAGGUGAUUGGUCGCAGGGGUCGGAGAUUUAACAAGUGAAGGGGAACAUGACAUUUCCUCUCUUCCUCCCCCCUCUUUCCUGUCUUAUCUACUAACGGUACAUCACAUUCCUCUUGCUGUCCUCUCAGAUUUUACAUUGAAGCAAAGUGUUUAUUUUUAUUUCUAUUUUGUUUUUACUGCUGUUUGUUCAUGUUGCAUCCCUUUUCCAAAUUUUCUCAUGAAUUGUUUCUCUUAUUUCCUUAUACCUAACCUGACUUCUUUCUCUCCCACUUAUUUACUUAUCGAUGCUUAUCUUAACCUUAUUCCUAUUAACUCUGUUUAGUUCAUUGUUACUAGUCAACAUUGUUGUAUAUCUGCUGCCACAUUUAAUGAAUUGCUGUUAAAUUCUUUUCAUAGACUACAGAUGAAAUAAGGGCAGAAGUUCUUGAGAAAGCUAGAGCCGCUGAAGGUGGCCAAGUUACAGAAGCAGAUCUUGUUGUACAGGUAAGUGUCGGUUAUAAUCCAGCUCUGCAGACUCAACAUUUACUUACCCUGGUCAAAUUAUUUAUAAUCUGAGCCAUAACUUUGGUCCUCAGAAAGUAAAAAAAUCAUCUCCGCUUUGCCCAAUCAAGUGUCACCAUAAAUUCACCAGUGAUUGGAUAACAAUGUCAUUUUCUCUGUAUGCAACCCACGAUGAAAAGUAAACAUUGCCUCCACUAUUUUUUCAGAUCACGUAUUUGGAUUUUGGCAUGAAACACCAGAACCCAGUGGAGAGACUCUUGGUCUACUCUAAAAGUGAACCAGACAAAGCCAGAUAUCUGCCCAAGAUUGAGGUCAUUGCUACUACUAUUGCCACUACUAUUGUCUAAUUCAUCUAUUUUCACUCAUGAAUAUAUAACAUUACUUAUACUUAUAUAGCAGGGUUUCUGGGUUGCUAGCAGGAGCUGCCAGGUGGCAUUUCAAGGGGUGUGAAUAAGAACAGAGGAGAAACAUUAGCUUUCCAAGUUAUGAUGCAAAUAAAUAAUUUUUUAAAAUUGUCUUCCUAACAUUUUCUUUUAUGUAACAAGUCACAAGUUCAUUUUCUAAGAUCUUCAACUGUCUUUGCAAUUCAAUAGUAAAAAAAAUUAGAGGUCCAUUUAUUUUCAAAUGAAUUAUUGCCUUUUUUAGGGUAAGCCAGACUUAGUAAAACAAUCCCUAGGGGGUGUGGGACUAGUCAAAUAAGUUUUUAGGGGGUGCGGAGGAUAGAAAAGGUUGGGAAACGAUGAUUUACAGUAAACUAACGUGACCUGCAAUCUCAACCUGUUUCUAUUAAAUAUAACAGGCAAGUCGUGUUUUAGGCCCACUAACUUUCUCAGAGCUGUUGAUUCGAGUGCUCAGUUGCAAGAAAGAGAAGUCUUCAGCCAUUGAGAAGGCAGCCAAGCAGUGGUGUGAGGAAAAGCUCAUGAAAUUGGUAUCGGUAAGUUAAUGAAUCUUUUUUGUGUAUACUUAUGAGGAAGUAGACCUGCUCAUCUAAUGCCCCAUGUCUUAUUUAUUACAAAGUUUUCUCCAAGUUGUUAACAUGUUGUCACGGUCAAAUCGCAUGAUUCUGUCUGUUUUGCUGAUAUUGAGCAUUGAGUGAGCCAUAAUGGGUUUUCCCUUUAGAUUUGACCACAGUAAAUCCCACAAUUUGUCUCAGCCACUUAUGACCAUGGCGGUGUGUGGGAAAAAAAGCAUGUAAGGAGAAGAUUGUGUGAAAUGAAAGUAGUGUUGAGUAGACAGUGACGAGUGCUGUUGAUAGAGUGUAUGAUUUUUGUAGAGAGUGAACAUUUUCUGCGGACGCAGGAGUAGGAGUGAGCUUUUAGGUGGAUAUAAUUAUUUGUUGUUUUUCUUAUUCAUUUUCAACCCACAUGCAUACAAAGGAUUACAUACAUGAAUAUGAACUGUUUCACUGCUUUGUGUUAUUUGAUUCAGCACAUCAGCUCUGUAGGGGCUCGAAAGAAAGGCGCUUUAGACACUUACUUUUGAUUCUGUGGCUAUACGCAGGCUACCGACCUCUAGACAAACGUACAAUGCGUCACACAUGUCUUUAUUACAAAGUGUUAUUUAGGUUGUUAACAUGUGGUUCAAACCUGUAACAAAUUUUAUACCAACAUUUACAUAACCAAUUAACUUUUCUUUAAUAAUUUUUACUCUUAGGUAUUUAUGUUCAUUUGUACCAGUACCACUAGUAAACUGUCCAUAUUCCCAUUAAUUUAAAGACUGCUCUUGACUCGAUCAUCUUUGAAUCCAAGUACUGUAGCUAAAUAAAAUCAUAGGUGGCAUGACUUAACUUUGGGCUACAAUGUUGGUACCGGUAUCAAAGCAUGACACACAAUAUUAUUUCUUAAUCAGAACAGAAAAGCUUUAUUAUUUUUACUGCACUGGGAAACAUAUAUACCGGUAUAUAUAAAUAUAAGUAUCCUCAUUUUUAAACUUAAUUGUAUCAAACUUGCUCAUAUUUCCUCCAGGAUGGUUGGGAGAAUCAAAUCCUGCUAACACCUCCCAAGGAACCGACAGAAGCAGUGGGUAACAAGACACCAGUCACGGCAGGCAAACAGAGGUCGCUGUUUUCAAGUUUUAGCACUGUACAUAUAUAAAACUGUUUUUUAGGCCUUUCUCCAAUAUGUUUUAUGCAUGGAAAUGAAUAUCAAAUGUAAAUUUAAAUAUUUUAUCAAGGACUUUGAGACCAUGCAAUUUUAAUAAAGGAAUUAUGUUUUUAAAAUUGUCAUUCCCCUAAAAAUAUUGUAUAAAUAGUAUGUGCUAUUCAGGGCAAAAUAAUUUGUAUUAGAAAUAUAAUAUCUAAAAAUAAUGCACUUUCUUGUUUUGAUUAAAAUUAUUUCUUCUUCUUCUUCUAUAUCUUAAGGGCCCACGAUCAAUUUGAUUGCACAGUUCAAAUUUUGCUGGUUGAAAAUAAACUUAACUUUUCCAUUUUUUCCAACUUUAAAUUAGAUCUAGUUAUAAUUGAAUUAAAUAAGCAUGUUAUUUUAUUUUCUACAAAAUUUUACAAAUUUUACAGAAUAUAUUCACAUGAUGGUUUAAGAUCUUUUCGCUCCCUUGUUCUAAUCCUGAAUGUUCCCUCACUCACCAAAAUCGGACAGAGCAAUGAGACUCUUUCAAACUCCUCAAAUAAUAAGAUAUUUUCUGGUAAGAUACUUAUGGUUGAGAGGCUUUCAUAAUUUUGUUUAACACGGAAAACACUAAAUAAAUGACUAUUUGAAGAAUCCAACCCUGGAAACAAAAUAUAUAAAUAUGUUCAGCAUUUAUUUAUUCUGGCAUUAAAUAAAUUAAUACGGC